AUGGAGUAUCAUAAAGUGGAGCCAGUUGCAGCAGUGAAAGCGGGCGGAAAGUGGAUAGUAGUGACGAGUAUAAGUGGUCCGACGGAAGACGUCAAAGUGAGUGGACAAUAGUUUCAAAUUGAUACGGUACUUACUCGUUUGAAGAGACUCUCCUCGUUCGCCGACUGGAAUCUAGUAGUCGUGGCAGAUACGAAGACUCCAAAUGACUGGGAACUGGAAAGCGUUCACUUCCUUUCCGUCGACUAUCAGAUGAAUUUACGUGAGUAUUCGCAAGGGAAAUACUUUCAGAUACUGAUGAUAUUUACAGCGUUUUCGGUAGUAAAUGGACUUCCUUUCAAGUCAUACACCCGCAAAAAUAUAGGAUAUUUGUACGCGAUUUCUCAGGGAGCCGAGUGGAUUUAUGAUACGGACGACGAUAAUAAACCAUACGGAAAGUUGCUAUUAUUUGUUCACUUUUUAAAAGGAAAACACAUUUCAGGCCGUGGAUUGGAUCAAUUUGACUAUGAGGACGAAGUUUCUGGGAUACGAUAUACUGGGCAGGAGGGAAAGGGGUUACGGUAGAACACUUUUGAAGAUCAUUCUUCCUAUGAUUCAUUGUUUUAGAGGACGACUAUUCAAUCCUUACCGCUUCUUCGGAAUGGAUCAAAUGUGGCCGAGAGGAUUUCCACUCGAACAUCUGCAAGUAUACAAUAUCAGAAUGAGAUUUUCCUCAAACAUUUCCUUCAGAAGCACACGAACGGGAACGAUAGUCAGGUGUUGUGCAAGAGGAUGAAAAGAGCGGCGGUUCAGCAGGGACUAGUCCAUCACGAUCCGGAUGUCGAUGCCAUCUACAGGUACAGUAACUCUACCGUAACCCUUCCGUCUACAGUAAUCCCCUUUGCAGACUUCUUAACGCGGACGAAAAGACGGGGUUGGAUGUUAAAUUCAACAAAUUCGGACCGCCCAUCACCCUUUCUGUGGGCACUUAUUCCCCUUGGAACUCUCAGAAUACACUAUUCCACAGAUCCGCAUUCCACACUCUCUUCCUGCCCACUACAGUAUCCUUCAGGUACUGUACCUCCAGGCCCCGUCUUAAUUAUAUUGUACUUUUGCAGAACGACAGACAUUUGGAGGUCGUUCAUCUCGCAGAAAAUUCUAAAUUUAUCAGGAUUGAGUGUCUCUUUCGUGGCGACGAAUGCGGUGCAAGUGAGGAAUGCGCACGACUAUCUGAACGACUUGAGGGACGAAAAACAAGUUUACGAAGAAAGCGGCAAGAUGCUCGAGUACCUGCACGGAUGGAAAUGUUCUCGAACGAAUACGGUCGAGUGCAUCAGAGAGCUGGCCGGCGGGCUCGCGGAGCAGCAGUUCUGGGCACAGGAAGACGUGGAGCUCACCUUCAAGUUCAUCAGUGAUCUGCUGGAUUUGGGGUGAUAUUGUUUUGUCCCGUACAAUUAAUACAAUCUAUUUGAAGAUUCGAAUUUCCGGCGUUGAUCGAGGAGAACUACGUGGAUCCGUACUCUGUCCAAACGAACGAAUCGUCGAGAGAUGUGAACUGCCGAAGGAUGAGACUGGAAUUCGAACUGAGGGAUCCGAAACAAGAAGAAACGCUGGUGGGUGACUACGAAUUCACAGUCGGAACCUUCAAAAAUGGACUGCAGAGUGUGCAGAAAGCAGUGCAAAAGAUCAACAACUUUGGAGAAAUCAUCGAUUGGUGCAAUCAAUCCGGCUACUCAAGUUGACCGUUCUAUUCAUUCUUCCAACUCAAAUUCCAAAGUUUCAGAUCUCUCCAGAAUAUUCCCGUCCCCUGCGCAAUUGGCAGAAGAACAUGAUAAGGAAUACGUCCUGCAGAGAGACAAGAAUACAGUAAUCCACUCGAAGAAGAAUUCAGAAUAAAUUCGAGUGUUGCAGGUCCUGAUAGUAGCGAAUAAUUAUCCGUGGAAGUGGGGAAUCGGCGUCAUUCAACGUCUUUAUCAGCCCUAUUUCGCAUCGGUUAUCUUCUGUGGUUCCUGGUAUCCGGAGAACAUUUCCAGUGGUAAAACGGGAGUGCCUCGUUCCGUAUUCUCAUCAGAAUAUUCUUCAGGAGACAACUACACUUCCCCCUUGUUUCCCCUCAACUUCGUGCACAUGAAUCCGGCCGAAAUGCUCCGCGGUUACUUUGCGUAUCACUGUGUUACUCUUGUCCAUCAAAUGCGAUUAUCCAAUGUCGACGGGUACUUUUUGAUGGCCGACGACGCUGUUUUCAACAUUUGGCAGCGGAUCGACUACUCGCGGGUUCAUUCUCUGAGCGGGGUCACUUUUAAUAAAAGCCCGCACUGGUGGAAUGAAACGGAAGGACUUGACGCUGCCAAAAAUGUCGUAAGAUCAGUGAAGUACACGAAGGAUCUGAGGGUGGUCGCCACGUGGAAGAAAUUUGAGAAUGGUCUGAGAAAGUACGGAUAUUUGAAGGGCAAAGAGUCGGCAGACAAUCAAAUGUUAUCUGGAUUGGGCAGGAGUUACUCGGAUUUGUGAGUGCUCUUUUAUUCAUAUUUUUAGACCAUUUUUUUUAUUUCAGUUUCUACAUUCCAUCUAGUCAAAUUGAUUAUUAUUCUGAUCUUAUGAGUAUUUUCUACCAGAACAAUUUUUUCCUCGAGCUGGCAUUCAAUCGGUUUCUGAGAUCUGUCAGCCAUCAGACGUGAGCUUUAUAUCAGAAGUACUCACAAAACGAUUCCUAUUUUAUGAAUUCCAGUUCGAAGGCAGGAUUAUCCAGCUACAUUUGGGACGAGAAUCGUGAUAAUUGGCAAACAUUCUAUAAAAAAGAUAUGGUCGCAUUUCAUCCCGUCAAAUUGAGCGCUUCCAAAAAACCUGGAAAGCUCAGGAAGCGGUGAGUGUCUUGAAUUUUUCCAAAAUCUUUUUAAUUUCCCAGAUAUUGUGCUACCGUAAUCCGUACGUGGGCGGACAUUAUGUUCUCCAGAUCUCGAAAUUUUACCACCAAAAACGAUGAUGACGUGGACUACUUGAAUGGAUGA